GUUCGCGUUUAACCAAUAGCAUGCCUGCUGUGGAAAACGUAGUUCGAGGCUGCUCAGGCGAAUGUCACCAGGACGGUUAUUUGAUGCAAAGAAAGUAACUUUGGAUUCAAUUAAUCCGGACACCGUGCUGGACCUACUCAGGAAGCAUGACGAGGAAGAUCCAGGGCGCUUGCAAGUUAUGCUUGCAUCAUGUCACUUUUCUCCAAAGAAAUCCUGGCUCAUCAAUCCAGUGCUCCAGAAGCUUCAGUACACUCAGGGAAGGAAGGAAGAGGGCUUUAUUAUGGAAGACUCUGGCCAUCGCUGUUAGCGUGCCGGUGGCAGCUGGCCAAUACGCCGUUUUGGACCAAAGAGAGCAGCGGAAGAUGAGGAUAGUGACUGAAGGAUUUGUUCGGUUCUGCAGGUCACUCUCUGUGGGACUUGUAAUAUCAGUGGACUACUGGUGGACCACUAAUGUGGCUCUUCGGGGUCUAGAUGAGCCCAUCCUACACGUCGGCGAUGUCAGCUUGCCACCAAAGAGCAGCGGAGAGCAUGGUGGAGGCCGCCAUCAAGAACGGCGGCAUAUACAUCAAACUGGGUCAAGGUCUGUGUUCCUUCAACCACCUCCUGCCGCCCGAGUACGUCCGCACCCUGCAGGUCCUGGAGGACCGAGCCUUGAACAGGAGAUACAAAGAGGUUUUAUUGUUCAGGUUGAUGCGCUUUUCCAAGAAGACUUCAACAAAAGCCCACAGGAAAUUUUUAAAACUUUCGAUUACGAGCCCAUAGCCGCCGCCAGCUUGGCUCAAGUUCACAAGGCGGAACUGAUGGACGGAACAUCCGUCGCUGUGAAGGUGCAGUACAUUGACCUCAGGGACCGCUUUGACGGCGACAUCAGGACAUUGGAGAUCCUGCUGGAUAUUGUCAAGUUCGUGCACCCCAGCUUUGGAUUCCGAUGGGUCCUCAAGGACCUGAAGGGGACUCUGGCCCAAGAGCUGGACUUCGAGAACGAGGCCAGGAACGCUGAGAGGUGUGCCGCUCAGCUCAAACACUUCAAAUUUAUCGUGGUGCCCAAAGUGUACUGGGAGCAAACCAGUAAGAGGGUUUUGACUGCAGAGUUUUGCAACGGUUGCAAGAUCAACAACGUGGAAGAAAUUAAAAGACAAGGACUGAGCUUGAAAGAUACAGCAGAUAAGCUGAUCCGAGCAUUUGCCGAGCAAAUCUUUUACACGGGUUUCAUCCAUGCUGAUCCUCACCCUGGAAAUGUUCUAGUGAGGCGAGGUCCCGAUAACGAGGUGGAGUUGGUACUUUUGGAUCACGGCUUGUACGAACAUCUCAGUCAACAUGACCGAGUGGCCUUAUGUAAGCUCUGGAGGUCAAUAGUCCUGCGAGACAAGGCAGCGAUGGAAAUCUACUCAAAUGCCUUAGGGGUCAAAGAGUACUUCCUCUUCUGCGAGAUGCUGCUGCAACGGCCCAUCAACAUGCACGAGUUCCGCCUGUCCAACGUCUUGAGUAAAGAGGAGACGGGCUACAUGCGGCGGAUGGCCGUGCACCGCUUCAACAGCGUCAUGCAGGUGCUCAAGGCCAUGCCCCGCCCCAUGCUGCUGGUCUUCCGCAACAUCAACACCGUCAGGAGCAUAGUCAUCACCUUGGGAGCGCCCGUCGACCGCUACUUCGUCAUGGCCAAGAGCGCGGUACGAUGCUGGGGGAAGAUCCAGGCAGAGAGGACCAGUAUGCUGCACAGAUUCCGGAUUGUCCACUGGUUGUGGACCAGAUGGGAGGAUCUCAAGUUUGACCUUGCUUUAAGAUCAGAGAUGGCAUUGAUGAGUAUGACCCGCUCACUGGUCAACCUGCUGAGCUACUUGGGUCUCAUCUCUCUGGAUUCCGACAUGUACGAUUACCUGAGAUAGCGCUCGGCUCUCCAAGCUCACGGCGGGGGACUUUCUCCUUAAAAAGCUACGUAUGGGACCUUUCGCCUCGAAGCCGCUCCAGAAAGCUUGCCGGGCUCUCCGAUCACAGUGAACUGUGGGAAGAGUGGGAGGGCUGUAAUAUGCAGAAGAGGCUUAUAAAGAAAGUGUUUUAGAUGAUUUGAAAAUCAUAAUGUAAUGGUUUUAUUUCUCCCAUAAAAAAAAUAAAUAGUAACAUUCAAUUUUGAAGGUUUUAAGCUGCUAUUUUUAAAAUAAAUAGCUGCCAUGACUGUUUGGAAGCAGCUUUAUUAUCUAGUGAUUUGCAUGUUAGGCAAUGUGUGGUGUUUAAAAUGAAUAAUCUCUGCUUGAUCUAUUAUGAAUGUUGGAAAUUCCCACAGUUUAAAGCAACAACCAAAACUUUCAAGUUUAAGAAUAAAUGAUCCUACCUCCUUUUUCCA